GAGAAGCUCCAGCUCAGCUCAAGCAGCCCAACAGUUCAUUUUGCACAGCACUGGACACUUAAGCUGUUUUGUGGUUACUUUGCACAGUUCAUUUUUCUUUAUCUAUUACGCUCAGUUUGGAAAAUAUUCUUACUCCCUAUUCAUAUUGUUAAUACUUCUGUUUCCAAUUGUAUUGUGUACCAUUGCUGAGAGUUUCUCAUCAUAUCUCGUUAUACAAGUAUCUUUACUGUAUAAUGACAAUGACGUUUCAUUCCAUUUCAGGUAAAAAAGAAGAAAAGGGAUGAGGCCCUCAUCAAGGAAAAGAUGCAGCGUACAUUCUCCCUCAGGAGACAGGAGGUUCUCCAGGAGCCAAAGAUUCCAGAGUUUUUCAAUAAAUGGCCAGCACUCUUUGACGUCAUUGAGAUCAACUUGGAGUUUAUGCGGCUGACAACUGUACCACUGACCUUAACAUUUUUGAGGGAACUGGACCGCCUGACCGGCGACCUGAUCAGGGUUUUCAACACUAAAGGGGGAGCUGCAGGGGAAAAAAUCGGAGCCAUGAUGGCAAAGAUGGAGAAUAAUCAAGACAUCAACGUGAGGCGUGAUUGCGUUUUGAGAUGUCUCAGCAUCUACCUCUGUGAAGACCUGGACACAUUGGUCAAAGAAUACGUGGAAGUAAAUCCAAAUGGUCCGGAGGGGCCUGAGGUGAAGAGACGGGUCCUGGCACCUAAGCGUCUCCCAUCUGCCAGCAACAAUUCUGCCCCAAACACGAAGGAUGCAUGUUGUGGACUCUCAGCUUAUGAGCUCCAACGCCUGAAGAACAUCGGGGAGAGGGAAGCCUUCUUUUCGUCCUUGAUGUUAUUGCAAGCAGCUGAGGAUCUGAGGCAGACUAUAAAGCCAAAGCCGGAUGUGAAGAGGUCAAAUGCUUCGUUGGAUAAAGUGCAGUCUCUUCUGUCUUCCCGGAAAUCCUUGCGUCUUAAGGAAGCACAAAACCUUAGCCUCAGAGUAGGACGAACCUAUGAACAUGACAUCGAAUGCAGUGAGGCCGAGGCAGAUGUCGCAGGGACAACCAUGGCAAUCUACACCGUUCAAGCUGAGGGUGAUGAUCAUGAUGGUCCUGGUGGACUCUUUGCAGAUGUCGGUAUGGUCCUGGAAGGGGUCCAAGUUCUCAACAACCUCCAAAGUAUCAACCAUGCAUGCAUAAUGCUUUAUGGGUUGGUCUAUGCUCUUAAUUUGAGCUAUCCAAAAAACUUGAAGUAUACAUUCGAAGCUUACCAGAAGAUCCUGAUGGACCUGGAAUCGUCCAAGCCUUCAGCCAAAGUACGAGCACUGAAACUCAAAUUGCUCAGGUGACUCUUUUUUUGGGGUGGGGUGGUGAUGGGAGGAGGAAGUACAGGAAGAGACCUAUGUUCUACUACUAUAUGUUUAAUGUUGUUGAGCCUGAAGAGUUUGUUCUGUCCUUUCAUAUCCCAUUACUGCGAUCGUUCCAGCAGAUACAGAUGUAAGGAAUGUUGUUGAGCCUGUAGUUUGUUUGUUUGUUCUAGAUCUAGAAAAAAGAGCAGGUCCUUUACUGCCAUUGUUGGAGCAGAUACUAACUUGCCUCUGUUCUAUUGCAAUUACAAAACAUGUUUCAUGUUCCAUCUAUAGCAGUAGAUUACUUGGUUGAAGAGCUACACUACCUGCUGAGUACAGUGUCUGUGUGAAGAGAAGCGUUAAUAAAUUAGUUGAAUCAACAA